GAAAAAAUUUCCUUCAAAAGUUGUGGAACGGCAGCGUCCAACCGCCAGUCGGUGCUCAUCAUCCGAACAAGUCACUUCCCAACAAAGUCGCCGUUCCAUCGAAAUAUCUCAAUUAAUCAGCCAGGAUUUUCAUUGAAGAAACAACAUGCGUUUCCACGUCGCUGUCCUAUUGGCUACUGUCCUAGUGGUCCUCGACGCCGCUCCUUACAAGCGUCAAUAUUAUCCGCAACGGGCCGGCUAUUACCCGACAUCGGCUUACUACGGGCCGGCUGGUUUCUCGGCCGAUGACUACUACAGCGCCCCUUACAGCGGCUAUCCGAGUUACUACAGCGGUUACAAUCGAAAUCAACAAUACAACAGCAGGCCGUCCAGUUAUCGCUACCCGUCAUCACUCGGUUACCAAUCGGCCUAUCUGAACGGGUUCGGAUGGCCCCGCUGGUCUUCAUUCCCCCGUUUCGUGGCCACACCUCAAUCGAAGCCAACAGCUGCGGGCGUGAUCGCCGUCGUGGCGCCCAACGUGGCCGACGAAGGGUUGAAAGCUCAACAACCCGUCGUCCUUGUGCUGGAUCACGACGAAGAUGAUCUGCAGCAACAACAACAACAACAAGAAGAGGAGUUCGAUUUAAGCAAAUUGGUUGGCAAUUUCGUACCUGACGUCAACCAGCAGCAGCCGCAAGAUGAAGAGCAACCCGAACUGCAAGAGCCGGCCACUCAGGACGGAUUCCUGGGCGCUGUGGCGCAGGCCCAGUUCGCCGCCCAAUCGGAGGCCGAUUUCGAUCAGCCCGAACUGAGCCCGUUGGUUGUACCGUCGGGAAUGUCCUUCGAGAGCCAAGAGGCCGUUGCGGCCGAACAAGUCGUUCAACAUGACCAGCCGGCCCCCAUGGCUGCCGUCGAACCCGUUGUUGAAGCCCAAGUCCAGCCGAUCGCUGUGGUUGCCGAACCCGUUCAGGUGGCUGAACUUGCCGAACCCGUGUCGGCCAUCGCCGAUCAGGUUGGCCAAUCCACAAAGGUUGAGGAACCCGUCGAGGCCCAAGCCGUUGACGAGCCCGUUCAAGUUGCCCAAACCGCUUUCCAAGUAGGCGAAACGGCUCAAGUUGCCGAACCCUUGGCCGAGUCCGACAUUGUCCAGGCUGCUGAUGCAGGUGCCAUCGUCGUUCCACUCAUCUCUGCCGACGCCAAUCAGCCCGAGGCUGUCGUUGAGUUCGUGCCCGUCGACCCAGUCUCCGACAUCGAACAACAAAUCGUCGCUGUUGCCGAACCCGCCGUCGAAGCCGAACCCGUUCCCGAGACUCCAGUCGUCGCCGAUGUCGUCCACGUCGAUCCUCUGCCCGUCGCUGAAGCCGAACAGAAACCCGAAGAGGACGCUGGUGUUCCAGUGGCCGUUGUCCAGGAAGCAGCUCCUGAGACUCCAGUUGUUGCCGAUAUCGUCCAGGUGGAUCCCCUGCCCGUCGCUGAAGCCGAACAGAAACCCCAAGAAGACGCUGGUGUUCCAGUAGCUGAGCCUGCCCAGGUUGCCGUCCAAGUUCCAGUUGCUGCUGACGAAGAGCAAGUCGUCGAAUUGUCUCCAGUCGUCCAGGUCGAACCUCUGGCCGUCGCCGAAGUGGAACAGAAACCCGUAGAAGAUGUUGUUCCAGUCGCCGCUGUCCAGGAAGCAGCUACUGAAACUCCAGUUGUUGCCGAUGUCAUCCAGGUGGAUCCCCUGCCCGUCGCUGAAGUCGAACAGAAACCCGAGGAAGAUGUUGUUCCAGUCGCCGCUGUCCAGGAAGCUGUCCAGGAAGCUGUCCCUGAGACUCCAGUCGUCGCCGAUGUCGUCCAGGUGGAUCCCCUGCCCGUCGCUGAAGCCGAACAGAAACCCCAAGAAGACGCUGGCGUUCCAGUGGCCGUUGAGGAAGCCAAACCCGUCGGCCAGCAGGAAAUCUGGGUGCACGUAUCCCCGGCCGGCCAGUCGACUCAGGAGCAGGACGCCGUCCAGCUAGCAUCACGGCCAUUCCCAGCUACGCCCACCUUCCAGAAACCCGAAGUCUGGAUCGAAUCCGACUUGGCUGCUCCCAGCCAAGUCGACCAGCAGGACACCGUCCUGGCCGUCCUGGAGGCUGGCCAGCCGACCAAAGUUGGCACACCCGUCCAGGUGACUCUGAAUGCGGACAACUCGAACGAACAGGACAAUUCGGCCGAGAACGCAUCGACCGAGAAAGCGGAAACGGCCACCGAAUCCAACGAAGACAACUCGCUGGAGAAGAUGCAAGUGGAACUGGUCCAGUCGGCCGAGCCCGUCCCGUUGCCGCAAGCCGAUUCGCAAGUCAAAGAUCCAGUUGAGCAGCAGCAGCAGCAGCCGUUGAUCUACCGCGAGGAGAUUGUCGUCUCGUCUGGCAGCCUCGCCGUCGGCCAUCAAGGGGACGCCCAGGUAUCGCUGAAGCCGGCCGCUGUCAUCGCCAUUCCCGAUCGCGUCACGGCCGCCCAACCCGAAGAAGAGGCCGGCCAAGUGCAGGCCGUCGAGUCCGACCAGAAAGUCGAAAAGCCCGUCGCUGAAGAUUUGAAGAUCGAAGAGCCCGUUGUCGCUGAACAGGAGAAGGUUGCCGAGCCCGUUGUUUUUGAACAGGAGAAGGUUGCCGAACCCGUUGUCGCUGAACAGGAGAAGGUUGCCGAACCUGCUGUUGUUGAACAAGAAAAGGUGGCCGAAGCCGCUGCUGCUGAACAAGAAAAGGUUGCCGAACCUGUUGUAGCUGAAGAGGAGAAAGUUGCCGAACCCGUUGUAGCUGAACAGGAGAAAGUUGCCGAACCCGUUGUAGCUGAACAGGAGAAGGUUGCCGAACCCGUUGUUGCUGAACAGGAGAAAGUUGCCGAAACUGUCGUCGCUGCAGAACAAGAAAAAGUUGCCGAACCCGUUGUAGCUGAAGAGGAGAAGGUUGCCGAACCUGCUGUUGUUGAACAAGAAAAGGUGGCCGAAGCCGCUGCUGCUGAACAGGAAAAGGUUGCUGAACACACUGCGGCUGAACAAGAAACAAUUGCCGAACCUGUUGUAGCUGAAGAGGAGAAGGUUGCCGAACCCGUUGUAGCUGAAGAGGAGAAGGUUGCCGAGCCCGCAGCUGUCGCUGAACAGGAGAAAGUUGCCGAGCCCGUCGCCGCAGAACAAGAAAAGGUUGCCGAACCCGUUGCCGUCGAGCAGGAGAAAGUUGCCGAACCUGUCGUAACCGAAGAACAGAAAGUUGCCGAAGCCGUCGUUGCAGUUGAACAGGAAAAAGUUGCCGAACCCGUCGUGGUAGAAGGGUCCGAACAAGUUGCCGAACCCGUCGUUGCCGUUGAACAGGAAAAAGUUGCCGAACACGACGUCGCUGUUGAACAGGAAAAAGUUGCCGAACCCGUCGUGGUAGAAGGGUCCGAACAAGUUGCCGAACCCGUCGUUGCCGUUGAACAGGAAAAAGUUGCCGAACACGACGUCGCUGUUGAACAGGAAAAAGUUGCCGAACCCGUCGUGGUAGAAGGGUCCGAACAAGUUGCCGAACCCGUCGUUGCCGUUGAACAGGAAAAAGUUGCCGAACCCGACGUCACUGUUGAACAGGAAAAAGUUGCCGAACCCGUCGUGGUAGAAGGGUCCGAACAAGUUGCCGAAUCCGUCGUUGCCGUUGAACAGGAAAAAGUUGCCGAACCCGAAGUCGCUGUUGAACAGGAAAAAGUUGCCGAACCCGUCGUGGUAGAAGAGCAACAAGUUGCCGAACCUGUCGUCGCUGUUGAACAGGAAAAAGUUGCCGAACCCGACGUCGCUGUUGAACAGGAAAAAGUUGCCGAACCCGUCGUUGCCGUUGAACAGGAAAAAGUUGCCGAACCCGUCGUCGUUGAAGAGCAAGAAAAAGUUGCCGAACCCGUCGUCGUUGAAGAGCAAGAAAAAGUUGCCGAACCUGAGCCGGUAGCUGAACCGGUCGCUGACGAGACCAAGAAGAACACCGACUGCAAAGUCGAGUACAUCCUCGUCAACGACAACGACGCCGCCGCCGCCGCCGCCGCCGCCGCUUCAGCCGACAAGACGGACGUCGAAGAGAAGCCCCAAUCGCAGGACGACUCGUCCGCUGGCAUCGUCGUCACCUCCGCCGAUGCUGAAACCAAACCGGCCUCCGCCCGUUUCGAGUCACGAGUCAACAGCCGCACAAAGUCCAAAUUCGGUUUGAGAUCCCUCGGCCGGCGCAUCAUCAAAUUUUAAACGUCCCAACUAGACCGCCACCGCGCCUCCCAUCGAGAAAGCAACAAAACACACACAUUCAAAAGUGCCUUGCGUUCAACAACAACGACACACACACAAAAAUACGUUUGGAAUGCAAAUGAACCCUGCCCCCAGCCCCAAUUAAAUCGCAAAAGAAUGAAACGGAGACGCACAACGAGCCAUCCAGCCACGCCCUUCAAAAGGAAAGCACAUUUCUUUUUUUAAUUUUUUUUUUCAAAUAAUAUUUUGUGUGUCUUCAAGAUGAUUAUUUUUUAUUUUUCGAUUGAUGAUUGAUUUGAUUCCCCAGCAAAUGAUGUCCCUCCACCACCUUAUUCGUUUUUGUUUUCGGUUUUUUUUUUUGCGUUCAAUUCACAUUUGAUAAUUUUAUUGUUCUCCUCCUCCGUUCGCCAUUUUUCGUGCUCGAAGAAAAAAACAGCAACGAAACUUUUUCUUGUUUUUGGGUUGGGAUUUUUUAAAGAAACAAAAAUUUUCAAAAAAGAAAAAAAAAAAACAUCAAAAAAAUCCCCAGUCGAAUCGCGUGCCGUCCACCCCCAAAAGUCGAACGCGAAAAAAAAAAAAUCUUGUUUUGUUUGGUGAUUGGUAAUUUAAAAAUUUCCAUUUUUCUUUCUUUCUUUCUUUUUUACCUGUCUUCUAUUUGUGGCUUUAUUAUUUAAAACAUUCCCCACCCCCCAUCCAGUCGAGUGAGUUUUCAAAUCGAGUUCUUCUCCCUUUCUAAAAAUCCCCUCGUGUUAACGUUCGAUUCACUAAUCACGAUUACAAUACACACUGUGUUCCGGAUUAUGAAACAAAAA